AGUCAAGCCAGGAAGGAGCUGGAGCCGGAACUAGAGCAGGAGCCGGAGCCAGGGAACCUGAGUCCACCGGGGCCCCGGGAGAGCGAGACGACUGGGGCCGGGACAGGGGUAGGAGGCGGGCGUGCCAGCCGGACGUGCCCAGCGUCUCCCCGCGCCUCGACGCCCAGAGGAAGCCUCGAUGGGCCCCAGCAUUCGGAGGCCGGGGAGCGCGCCGGCCCGACCUUAGGCGGGAAGCGGCAGCCGGAGGCUCGGGCUUUUGAAGACGGAGGCUGUGAGGCUCCAGUGCCUGCGCCCGGACCCAUCAUCUCUCGUCCAGCCUUGUUCAGUAGCCGAAGACUACGAGAGACUCUCCCGCAGCCCUCCGCCCCAGUACGGCACGAUGAGGCGGCCGGGACCCUGCGAAAGGCAGCCGGGGCGCCCCCGGGGACCACGCGGCGCCCGACGCCCCCAGCCUGGGAGGCUCGGCUGGGCUGUGACUGCAUUCUCGGCGGGCUGCGGAGCCUGCCCCUAGCGCCUCAGAAGCCCCCUCGGGCUGCCGAAGGACGGACGCACCGAGCCCCGGAGGGAAGCCUUGGGGCCGCCGGGCUCUUGGCCACGGAACCCUCCAACCUCGCUUUGCUUUAACCCCUUGGGAGUGAGCUCUUCGGCAUCAGCCUGGACUAUCCCGCCGGCCCGGGCUUGGCGCCCCGUAUGGAUGGAGAGCCGGUACCGCCGCUUUGCCCUGGAGCCCGAGCCGCCGCCGUCGCCGCCACCCUGCCGCAGCAGCUUCCGAGGCUCGAGUCGUCGCUGUGAACAAGGGACCCUAAAGAAUGGCCGAGCCUUUGGGGAACGAGCUGGCGUCCGCAGCUGCCAGGGGCGACCUAGAGCAACUCACUAAUUUGUUGCAAAAUAAUGUGAGCGCCAAUGCAGAAAAUGGAUUUGGAAGGACGGCGCUGCAGGUGAUGAAGCUCGGAAACCCCGAGAUUGCGCGGAGGCUUCUACUGCGCGGUGCCAAUCCGGACCUGAAGGACCGCACGGGCUUCGCGGUCCUGCACGAUGCUGCCCGGGCCGGCUUUCUGGACACCUUACAGACUCUGCUGGAGUUCCAGGCCGACGUGAACGUGGAGGACAGCGAGGGCAACCUGCCGCUGCACCUGGCUGCCCGCGAGGGCCACCUGCCCGUCGUGGAGUUCCUGCUCCGACACACUGCCUGCAGAGUGGACCACCGGAACCACCAGGGCGACACCGCUUGCGACGUGGCCCGCCUCUACCGCCGGGACGCCGUGGUACGACUUCUGGAGGCCGGCAGGCCCGACGACGCGGCCCCGCUCCCAGGCGGCCCGGCGCCCGCCACUUCGGCCCCAGCCGCCCCAGCCGAGCCGCCCUAGAAGUCCCAAGGCCAGGCCGGCUACUGCCCCGGCGCCGCACCUUCCCUCCGUGUUCUGCUGCCCAGUCUGACUGUUUGCGUGCGUGCCGGGGAUUACUGCGCUCUCCCACUGCCUUUUAAGCAAAUAGUCAAAGCCUCAAACUACGGAGGUGGGAUUCUUACGAAAGAUUUAUGAAUAUAUUUAAAAAGGCUUCCAAUUCGCCUUCAAACACCUCCCUCCCCACCCCACCCCCAUCCACCCCCAGAGACCUAAUAUCUGCUUGCAAAACUGCUUUGGUCUCCGGAAUAUAGAGUUUCCUUCUUCCUCAAUUUCCAGCCUCAACCCACCUCAGCCCUCACCUCCCUAACCCCUCUGGUCCCCUUGCCUAUUCCCCCCUACUUUGCAACUUCGUUUUCAAAAAGUCUAUCUAUAUCCUGAUGCUUCUUUUGCCUAAUUAAAACUCUUUUUAAAUGGGA